UUUGAACCACGUGUCAACCUGCUGCUUGUCACCUGUGGACAUCAACACACACAAGGAUGGAGACUUAUGGGCAUUCACAAGCUGGAUGGAGUCAAUCCCACUGCUGCUGGACGAGACAAUAUGGGGAUGUGACCUUUUUCCAUCAGCCAUGCCCCUCCACAAGCAUAUGGUCAGAGAGGCCUGGGCACGGGACAGCCCCAGGAUUCAGGAAGAUGAAGAUUCUGAUUCAUCCCUGCAGAAGCAGCAGCAUGUUCAGAAGCCAAAAAAGAAAAGAGAAGAGGCCAACGUCCCAACAGAUGCCAAGUCGAACGGAACCGAAGCCAAACCCAAAAAAACAAAGACCAAGAAAAAUGAGGAUGCCUCAGAAGAGGACAAUCCAGCCGUCCAAAACGGAAAAAAGGUGAAGAAAAAGAAACCAGAAAAAGACAAGGACGACUCAGAAAAGGACAAAGUGAAAGAGAAAGAACCAAAAAAGAAAGUUAAAAGUGUACCAAAAAAGAAGAAAGGAUCAGGCACAGACGACGAUGAUGAUAAUGACGGAGAGGACACCCCCAAGAAGAAAACCAAGAAAAAGACGACAAAGGACAGCUCUCCAACAGCAAGUUCUACCAAAGACAAGAAAGCUAAAUCUAAAGAUGACAAAGAUUCCGAUGGAAAAGAAAAGAAGUCCAAGUCGAAGGAGAAGGAGAAGAAGAAGGAGCCAGCUUCAAUGUUCCAGAUAAAUGGAGAGAAAGAAACAAAAAGCAAGAAGAAAGCUGCUAAAUCGGACAGCGACGACAGCGAAGAAGAGACAAAGACGACCAAAUCGAAGAAGAAAUCCAGUUCUGGGUCUACGUCCCUGUUUCAAACAUCAGGAGACAAAGACAAGGACAAAGACAAGGACAAAACCAAGAAGACAAAGAAGAAAGCCAAGGCAGAUGCGAGUGAGGAUUCUGACUCUGAAAAAGAGGAAAAAUCCAAGAAGAAAAAGGGCAAAGGGAAGAAGAAAAAGGAGAGAUCUCCGUCACCUGAGAUCGAGUUCGACAACCUGGAGGAUUUCGUGAUGCAGCCGGCUCCGCAGGGCGUGACCAUCAAAUGCCGAGUGACUCGAGACCAGAGAGGGAUGGACAAGAGCCUCUACCCCCUGUACUACUUUCAUCUGGACAAUGAAAAAAAGACGUUCCUGUUGGCCGGCAGGAAAAGAAAGAAAUGUGCAACUUCUAAUUACCUCAUUUCCAUCGACACCACAGACUUAUCAAGAGGUGGAGAGAACUUUGUUGGAAAACUGAGGUCAAAUUUAAUGGGGACUAAGUUCACAGUGUUCGACAACGCUCUGAAUCCAGAGAGAGCUCUGCCAGACUUGUCCAACGCACGGCAGGAGUUAGCAGGAAUCAUCUAUGAAACAAAUGUUUUAGGUAUGAAAGGACCCAGAAGGAUGUCGAUCAUCGUUCCAGGAAUGAACAAGGACAACGAGCGAGUACCGCUCCGACCGAGAAAUGAAUUUGACGGCCUGUUGAUAAGACACCAGAAUAGAAGGAUGGAAAAUCUGAUCGAGCUUCACAACAAGACGCCAGUGUGGAACGAAGAAACGGCGUCUCACGUGCUCAACUUCAACGGCCGCGUCACCCAGGCCUCCAUCAAGAACUUCCAGAUCGUCCACAGCAAAGACUUGGACUACAUUGUGAUGCAGUUUGGACGGAUAGCCGAUGACAUUUUCACACUGGACUUCAGCUACCCGCUGUGCGCGGUGCAGGCCUUUGCCAUUGCGCUCUCCAGCUUCGACGGCAAACUUGCCUGUGAAUAACUCCCAGUUUCACACACACACACACUAACACACACACACACACGCACACUGAAACCACUGUGCAACACACCCACGCUGACACCCGGCCAACCCAAUGUCUGUGGACGUUGCCUUCAACACUUCCUGUGAUGGGCACUGAUAACGAAGAAUGGUUCCUUGAAUGUGGCUGCUGCCGUGCCGUCACCUUUUCUGGGCGUGUGAGUCCCGGCAGGAGCAAGACACAAAAAAUCUGCCCUCGUUUUAUCGUUCCAUCUUGACACUGGAGAGUCCUGUUUUUUUUUGUCCCAGUAAUUCAACGAAUCACACAAGGUUUUUACACUAUUUGAAAAGACUUCUGUGACCGGAAAGUAUUUUUUUUACGGGGUUACCAGUGCACCUUGAUGGCGAAGGUGUUUCAAAGAUUACUAACUAUUAAAUGAUGUUAAAAAGUGUUGUGAUUUGUUUUUUUUGUGCUGUUUUGAAUUUUACAGGGAUUUAUUUACA